GUUUAUUGGCCACACAUUCACGCGUCAGGCCCGCGCCAGCAUGCCACUGCCCUCGCACGUCGUGCGUCGUCGACCGCACCAGGUGCCAUAAAUGCAUGGCCUUUGUGCGGCCGUAUGUAUCGCGUCUGUCCCUCCCUGCCGCCCCACCCUCGCGCCGCUGCCGCCUUCCACCCCCGACGCCUGUCUGGGCUUUUAUACCGCGCUGUCUGAGCGCACGAACGCCGUGAUCGCUCUCCGUCGUGCUCGCCUACCAGUGUCAAUAUGUCCGACAACGCUGCACUGCUCACCCCACCCACGUCUGUGACCGACUUUCCGGAGGAUGUGUGGGACAAGUCCAAUGCCGACGACUCUCGGUCGGACGUGAGCGACGUCGCUGCCGGGCCGUCGCGCAAGCACCGUUACGAGCGUAAAAUGGGCGAUACCGAGCUCUCCUACUUCCUGCCUUCUAGACAGACGGGCGUGAAUGACAUGUAUUUGCAUCUCGGCUUCAAAGCGCCUGAGCGUGUCGCUCGGCGUUCCCGAGUGUGCACCGCGUGGGCUAUCCUCCGACUCCGCCAUCCCCUCCUUUGCGCCCGAGCGGAGCUGCGCGACUAUGACGACGUAAGGUUCAUCUAUGAUGCUCCCUCGUCCGCAGAGGCUGCCUAUUCCGACGCGGACGCCAACCUUGAGUAUCGGGCCCAGACGAAGGAUGAGCUGAUUGACACCUAUCUGAACGGCCCGCGCACGCUCUCAAACUCUAGGCUGUCAUACCUCAUUCUGUCAGAGCCCCAGAGCUCUCCAGAGCUUAUGCCUACCCCGCCCCGCACGCCCUCGCCCCCGAGCCUGACACUCGAAGCUGAUUCGGCGUCCGCGAACGAGGCCGCGAUCGAGCCUAAGCGCGAGUACGAGCUGCUCAUCUGCGCGAUGCACUUCCUCGGCGACGGCAUGGCGCUGCACCAAUUUGCGAACGACUUCUUCGGGUUACUCGGUGGCGCGAAGUCUGACGACGAGCUGCGCGACCUGCUGCAAGAGGAAUGGCGCACCCGGUGGGCCACCGCCCCUGAGGAAUCCGUGCUUCCCCCCGCGCUCGAAGAUAACAUGCCCCUUCCAUCUUCGAGGUUCCGCCGGGCAGCCGCCCAGGUCGACUUCCAGCUCUCGCAGCAGCGGCUCAUCGGCGGCCAGGUCUUCCCCCGGCGCAAGCACCCCGAGCGCCACACCGUCGUGCCCACCGUGUCCGUCCCGGAAGAGCGCACGAAGGCGAUCCUGAAGAAAUGCAAGGCGCACGGCGUGUCCAUCUCCGCCGCGCUCUUCGCCGUCUGCAACGUCGCCUGGGCGCGCACAAGCGGCGGCGCGAGCGUCGCGCCCACGCUCAUGUACUCCGCGCUCAACCUCCGCCCGUACUUCUCCGUCCCGCGGCCCGCGCCGCGCGACUCGUACUGGUACCUCGCGAUCGGGUACUUCAACGUCGUCCUGCCCGGGUUCCUCCCGUCCACCCCCGCGGCCACGGAGGCGUCGUUCUGGCUGCGCGCGCGCCAGGCGAAGGAGCAGAGCACGCGCGCGGCGAAGAGCCCGCUCGUCGCGUCGCGCACGCACGAGAUGGCGCAGGAGCGCGGGGCGCGUGCGCGCAUGUGGGCGAAGGAGGACGACGAGCGCGAGGCGGGCACGUACGUGCCCCCUGCGCCGCCCGCGGUGCCCACUGUGCCGAAGGAAUCCGUGUACCCGGUGCGCGCGAAGUCGUCCGCGGCGGCGCUUAUCGGGCUGAGCCUGCUGGGCAAUCUGGAUGGCGUGUACAGGCACGCCGCGUUCCCGGGCGUGGAGCUGCACACGCUGACGACGGGCUCGCGCCAGCGCCAGGGCGCGAUGCUUCUGUUCGGGUACACGUUCAAGGGCCGGCUAUGGAUUAGUCUGGGGUACGAUAGCAACGGGUUUGAGGAGGGUGUGGUGGAGCGGUUCUGGAAGGAGGCGAUGGUCUGUGUGGACGAGUUUCUGGGAUGAGCGAGGUGGGUUCGGGCUUUCUUGCUGGACUGUGUUUGAACAUUAUUUGUUACUGGUGUCGAUGUACGAGUAAAUGUGGACAAUGUCUAGUGUAGUAAAAGUCAGCAAUCAUAGACAACAUUUGAAGUCUCUGUUGCGUGUAGAGGGCCAGGCAACCCGUUGGUAAUGACCAAACGUGCUUGUAUUAGUAACCCAGGCUACGAAACUCGUCAUGCAGGGGCAGAAGUGGACAGACAACGGUCGGCGGUAUACGUCUACGGGAAAUGUCGUAUCGUAGGGCACAUCAUGGUGAAUACGGUAAACCUCUGCAGUAUGACGUACCAUGGCUAGCUUGCCCUCUUCCCACCACCGAUAGCGGUCAGUCGUCACAAAGCCGGAAAGCUAUGCCGCGCAUGCGGCACGCGUCCUCAAUGCGCUCCCAUCGUUCCUUGUCACCAGGGCCAACGACGAGCUCCAGGGUCGCUAGACCGUCACGGCUUCUUCGCGCAUCCUCCAGGAAUUCGAGCAGAAGACCUUCAUCAUCAUGUUCGGGGAUGAUGGGAAGCCGGAGUACCCGGAGGGUCGAGGGGAUGACGCGGAAGAGGCCAGGGGUGAAGGUGCCUGGCGCUGCGUGGAGGUGCUCGAGCGAUCGACAAUGCUGGACGAGUUCGUCUGCGAUCGGGAUGGGGGCCUUUGGCAUGGCGAUCGCCUUUAUUUCGACUCGUGUGAGACCUGCGCAAUGUGCGGCGACACAGGAGACGAGGAAUGCAUCCCGCUCGGGAUCGUCUCCUAAUCGACUGGUGAGGUGGAGGGUCUCGAGCUGGGGUCCCACGGCGGAAAGGAGUGUGUUCAUCGCCGGCGAGUAGCCUUCGUGUGCGACGAGAUGGAGAGUCCUGAGUUUGGUUGGGCGGGUGGUUACCGACAGAUACCCCUUUUCGUCCCCUUUGAGCUCGAGUGACAGACAUUGCAGAUAGGGAAGCUCGAGAACAGGCUGGAUACUGCUCAGCGAGUAGAGACGCCCCUGAAGCGUGAUGUGAUGCGUCCCUCUGAUAGCUGGAGACUCUAUGAUGGAAGGAGGAGGGUGCCCACGUUCCCAUCUCCAGCAGAAAUUCCGGAGGUGGUCGGCGGGUAUAUGCUUGAUCCAGUCACAGAGGUCCGCGAUGGGAGAAUGGGUCCAUACGGUGACUAGGCAGAGCCUACGGAUGAAGCGGAGAAGAUGCGAACGCGUCCUCAAGGUGCGUGCGAGGAGAGCUUCUCGGGGACGGCAUGCCAACGGAGAGUACUCGAGCUCCCUGUACAGGGCGGCCUGAGCGGGGAUGGUCCAGGCGCGGCAGACUGCGGCGGAUUGGGCCAGUACAUGGGGAUGAGAGGCAUGUUCGAAGACGUAAUGGAGGACGUCCUCUUGCACGAGAGCAUGCGGGCGGUGGGGGGUCAUGGUAUUGCUCAACGACAUGAAUUGUGCAAUGAAGACCUGAGCGGCUUUGUGCGGUGUUACGAGCAGAGCGAUAGGGUCGCUUCGUGCAAGUGUACGGGACAGAGUCGGAAGAGGCGGAGAGAUG